GGGUUAUGAGGAAUCGGAGAACAUGGAUAAGACUACUCUGCCAACCAUAAUUGAGAAGACAAUAGUUUCUAAAGUUCAAGGUUUUGUGGAGCUGGUGUGGGACCCUCUAUCUGCGCAGCAGUCUCAAACCCUCACGACACUGUGCAAGAGAAUACAUGAUUAUUCUGUAUUUGAUGGUGAACAAAGCAAACCUGUCAAGGCCUUUGUAGAAGCAGUUAUUCAGAGGUUAAGGAGUGCAGUAGACAAUGACGUCUUUGUUCCACUGUACCCAAAAAAGUUUUUAGAGGAUAAACGCUCCCCACAGUUCCAGUUUCAGAACAGACAGUUUUGGUCAGCAGUGAAGGUUUGACAUUUCACUUCUGGUCAUGUUGUGACUGACUAUUAA